AUGUUCAUUAGGGCUGAAGACGGUGGUGGUGAUGCACACGUCAGCUUAACAGAAAAACCAAAAUUUGUUACUUCUACUCCAGACCAAAAAAAAGAAACUCCAUCUGAUAAUCAAAUAGCUGAUUCAAAUCCAGAAUGUGACAUCGAAGGAGUACCGGAUUUACCUUUGGAUGAGGGUUUACCCAGCACUGUUACAGUACUUGAUGCACCUGAUGGUGGUAAAGUGUAUUUGGUUGGCACUGCUCAUUUUAGCUUACAGUCACAGGAGGAUGUUUCUCGGGUAAUACAAGAAGUAAAUCCUCAUAUUGUGGUGGUUGAACUUUGUGAACAGAGAACUAAUAUAUUAUUGCUAGAUGAAGAGAUAAUCCUAAGAGAAGCUAAAAAUAUCAACAUUAAAAUGAUAAGGUCUACUAUGGCACAAAACGGGGUGUUCAAUGGAUUGAUGUAUAUAUUAUUGCUCAAUAUGUCAGCGCACAUCACACGGGAAUUGGGAAUGGCUCCUGGAGGAGAGUUUCGGCGUGCAAUGGCUGAGGCGAAAAAGAUUCCCAAUUGUAUCAUUCAGUUAGGUGAUCGAGCCAUUGACGUCACACUUCACAGAGCCAUAGCAUCACUAUCUUGGGGCCAGACCAUAAGAUUCAUUUGGCAUCUUCUGACAUCCAAUCAGACUAUAAGUGUGGAAGAAGUAGAGAAGUGCAAACAGAAAAAAAUGCUGGAAGAUAUGUUAGAAGAAAUGGCGGAAGAAUUCCCUGCGCUCAAGCGAGUGUUUGUAGUGGAGAGGGACAUGUACCUUUGUUACUCAUUGCAGGUGGCCGCCUUGCAAGAACGUCGGGAGCCAUGUCGGGUAGUAGGUGUGGUAGGAAUCGGUCACGUCGCCGGAAUCGUGGAACAUUGGGGCAAAAUCAAACAACAGGACAUAGCCCCAUUGCUGAAAAUCCCUCCGGAGUCCCUGUCGACUAGGGUUUUGCGGGCGUCGGUACGAAUCGCGUGCGUUGGCCUGUUGGUGUACGCCGGCUACAAGCUGGUGCCGCGCCGCUGGCUGCUCUGA